AUGCUAGACACCGAUCACGUCCAGAAGGUAUUAAAUACCGAGAUCAGCACUCCCAUCCCAGAGCCCAUGGUGAAGAAGAUCACAUCCCUACCGCCAUUCAUCGCCAUACCAGGUGUCCAAAACUUCCGCGACCUAAGCCAUGACGAUAACAAGUUGCGCCCGGGCUUUGUCUACCGAUCCGGUAAUCUCUCAGACAUCAUGGACUCGGGAAAGUCCAUAAUUGCCAGCGAACUCGGAAUCACCACCAUCUUCGACCUGCGAAACGAGGGCGAGCGACAAAAGGCCCCGCCCCCUUCUCUUCCUGGAGUGGAUACGGUCUGGAUGCCAUAUGGAGCGCGCCCGGCUACUUUGAACCUGCGCGACUUUGCCGGUGAAGACAAGGGCACGAGCGGGUUUGUGAAGAUGUACUCUGGUAUCCUCGAGGCUGCGGUUCCUGGAUUCACCGAGGUCUUCAAGCACAUUCGAGAUAACCCCCAUGAUCCAUUUAUCUUCCAUUGUUCGGCCGGUAAAGAUCGCACCGGAGUCCUCUCAUCUCUCAUUUUGCUCUUAAUCGAUCGGCCUAAUGAAGAAAUCAUCAACGAUUAUAUUCUCACCCGAGUCGGGUUGGAAAGCGCCCGCGAGAAUCUCAUGGAGGCCUUUGCCCUGAACAUGGAUGCUGACCAAGUAGAUAUCAGCCAAUUGAGCCCCGAGGCUCUGGGCAUGCUAGAAUUAUGUGGUGUUCGUGCUUCUGCAAUGGAAGCAUUCUUGAACUCAUUCAAGAGUCAGUAUGAGAACGGCGUGGAGGGGUAUCUGACCACUCGACUCGGAUUUUCGGCAGAAGACGUGUCGAUGAUGCGCACGAACCUGACUUCGGAGUAA